UGAUAAUUACAAUGUAUGCUUCUAUGCGACCAUGUGUCAUGUUUGCAAACGGUUUGGCAAGGGCAUCUGUUUGAAAAAAUGCGGUGGCUGCAGAAUGAUUGCCUACUGUAAUCGACAGCAUCAGAAGCAGCACUGGUCGGAGCAUAAAGCUUUAUGCAGAGCUAUACAGAACGUACUGCGAGAUUUCACACUGGAAGACCGUGAUGUAACUUUGGAGGAGUGGAAUAACAAGAAGUUGAACUUGAUUCUGCUGGUGUCAUUAAAGCUGGGACGUCCUCUAAAGGUGUACGAGAACGAAAUGUUCCAGUUUCCAAGGGAAUGUGCAGUCUGCCAUGAACAGGAUGAUCAAUUAUUGGAGGAUUGUCAGAACUGUGCAUCUAUCAGCUUCUGUAAAGCACACAAAGAUAGCAUUAUACACAAAGAGACCUGUUUCCCCCUGGAACUGUGCCUUCGUUCGAAUUUAUUGUUUAUAAAUGAGGAAAACAGUACUCUGGAUCUGCAUUACUUGCAACACAUUUCUGAUACGGAUACAUUUCAGAACAUGAACGAUUUUAUAAACGCUUAUGGAAAUAUUCAGACUGAGAUGAAAAUGUCGUACAAUAUCUUAGCAGCCAAACACUCACAAUAUCUCACACGUCCUUUGACGUUGUUCCAUGCCAUGCAAAUAUUAGACUAUGUACCACAACGCAAAGAUCUAGUCAUUCAUGUUGUAGCUGCAAGUUAUGCCGAAGAAACUUCCUUAGUAACAUGGGAAAUCCUGCUGCAUUUAAUAAAGACUACAAUGUCACUGGUAGUUAUACUGAUAGGACCAGAACUAAAAUGUAAAUCCAGUUCAUUAAGCAUUUGUGAUAACUGUAUAUUGCGAAAAAAGAAACUUUCAUUGGAAUUUCAUGAUGUGUUAUAUGAAGACUACGUACGUAACCCAUUAUUCAUAAAACCAGACUUGGUUGUGGGAUUUAAUGCAGGUAUUUUUGAGAAUAUUUUCAGUGAGGAAACAUGGACACCAUCUAUACAGAUGCUAGAGAAACAAAAUUGUCCAUUUAUCUUAACAUGUUACAUGCAAAAAGAAUUAGAGGAAGAGAUAGACAGAAUAAACACCAUCCUGGAUAGAAAAGUAGAUUGUCUCUAUAGUGGGAAGAAUCCAUUUGCUAGUUUACGACCAUUCAGAGUCCUUGGGCCUGAGCAAGUGUUUUAUCAGAAUCAUUAUUUAAUUAUCUACAGGAGUCUUUGUUUAUAA